AUGAAUUGGAUAGAAGCCACCGAAUUCGGGGAGUGGAGUGGAGAGAUUUGGGCGGCUGGGUCAGGGGAAGGGGAGGGUGGGGACAGAGAGAUAAAAGGUGGAGGGUGGGGGAGAUGGAAGAGGAAGGAGGUGAAGGGGAAGGUGGGGCAGACAGAAGGAGAGGAUGGUGUAGACGGAAGGGGAAUGAGGGGAACGGGAGGAAGAGGGGGGAGACGGAAGGGGAAGGAUGGGCGAGGGGAGGGGGAGGUUGAGGUUUAA